AUGAUCGUGGGGCUGAUCACCUUUGUCAACCUGACCAACGUACAAUGGAAUGAAGAGGCAGGGGACCUGGGUGCGCAGCUGAAUGGCGCCCUGGCGGCUUGCUUCAUGGCACCCGUGCUGGUCGCCGUCCUGGACCUUUCAGCCAUGCUGAUCCUCGCAAAAAAGACCUACGCCCUGUCUGGGACUGGACUCUCAUACGCCCUGCUCUGGACUGACAGCAACACCAGGGAGUUUACCGCUGCCACUGUACUGGCCUUCCUGUCAGUUGGGGGCUACCUAGCCAUGUUUGGAGUGCUGCUGGGCUGCCAUCGCAGCGUCAAGGCUGGCCAGAUGACCAUGGACGAAGUGGAGGACCGCAUCCGGACGCUGCCCAUGUCAGACGUGAGCCACCAGGCCUCACCUGGGCCCCAGGCAUGGUCAAACGGGGUUUAA